AUGAUUUGGUUCAAUUGCUGCUCCAAUCUUACUCUGUACGAGUCAUCGGUGUUUGCGAGGUGAUACCUCGUGUUCGAGCGCCGUUUUUCAACGCGGCGGCACCGAUCCUCAACCAAUAUCUCACUGAUCUUCUAGAGCUUUGUUCCAACGUUUUUUCCUGGCGCCAUACGGGCUUUAGUUAUCCCACCGUCAGUCCUUACUUGCCCGAUGGCGUUCACUAAAACCCUCAAGGCCAGUAUUCUCUUUAUCGAAGAUAUCGGGGAGCUGUCUUGAAGGCCCUUCGCUCGCUUUGAUUUUCUCACCUUGGCGGCUUUCUUUUUCUGGUAUUGUUUUAUAAGGCCCUGGUGCUGGAUUUUAUUAACCUUGAUUUUUAGCCCUUGUUGCUAAAAAGUUUUGUAAUUUUAAGCCCUUGUUGCUCUGGUUUAUUUUAAUUUUAUUUUAUUGGGGCCCGUGUUGCUCAUGUUUCAUUUUACUUGGAGCCGUUGUUGCUCUUGUUUUUUUUCAUUUUGAAUUAGAGCCCUGGUUGCUCUGGUUUUAUUUUUUGGGGCGCCCCAUUGCUACUGUUUAUUUUGAAUUAGAGCCCUUAUUGCUCUGGUUUUAUUUUCUUUGGGGCCCUUGUUGCUCAUAUUUAUUUUGAAUUAGAGCCCUUGUUGCUCUGGUCCAGGCUAUUGCGGCGACACUGGGUCAGCCAUGCCUGUUACUAAAAAAUAUUAUUUACUGUAUUUUGAAUCUUCAGUGUUAGUUCUAGGUGCUUGUUGUUGUUUCCUUGUUUUCCGUAGAUGCCUCCUCGUCGUUCACAGCGAUCCAAGCGGCCAUCCUGCUCAGGCCUUGGAGGCUUUGGUCUCCUCUCCUCCGCAGCGUGUCUCGUCAUCCUCAACCCAGCAACCCUCCCUUCUACAUGAAUCCUUGGCAGCACAACCUGUGUCACGACCAGCAACCUUGUGCCCUGUGCAAUCCCAGCAACCUCCUGCAGCACCAGCAACAGACCAGCCCGCCGUUUUAACCUCACCUGUAAUGGAUCAGCUGGUGUCGCGGGUAACAGAUGAAGUGACCAAGCGGUUGCAGCCAUUGCUUUCAAAUUUAAGCUCAAUGGCCCAGCAAGCACAAUGUCCCCCCUCCACAUCAUCUCAAGCACCUGCCGUGUCACUCCCUGUGGAACAGUCCACUCCUUUACAGUCUUCUGGAUCCAACAUCCAACAAGUCCAAGGACAUGCUGCCAUCCAAGAUACAGUCGAGGUACCAGCUGUUCACGAUGGCGUCCAG